AUCGUUCAUUGCUCUUACUUUUAAAUGCAAUAUGUUUCAGGCCAACCAUGGAUAUAAUCAUCACUUUAAUGGAUGGGACGCCCCACGCACAGAGGGUGAGCCCACAGCUCUCAGUGGGCUCUUUGAAAAACCUCAUCCAGGAGAAACUAGGCGUCCCACGUCAGCAGCAGAAGCUCAUCUUUGUCAACGAGCAGAAGACACUUCUCAGCGACGACUCAAAGCCUCUCGACUGCUACGGCUUACAGUCCGGCUCCCAGGUGUCCCUGCUGGUCACCGAGCCGGUGGUCCCGCCGGUGGAUCGCAUCCAAGUGUUGCUCAAAAACCUUGACGGGGUUACGAAACCCUACGACGUUAACCCCGACGAGACCGUGAGAGACUUCAAGAGAAAAGUCCAGAACCACGAAGGCGUCGCCGAGAAUCAGCAGCGGCUCAUCCACAAAAACCGAGAGAUGAGCAUCGAUAGUCGACUGUCCGACUACAACGUCAGAGCGGGAAGCGUCAUCUUUCUGACUCUCCGUUAAGAGGAGGACAGGACUAAAUUAGGCUUUCGCACAUUCUUUUAAAUGCGAUCCAAUUUUUGUGGUUGUGUUGUCAUGUUGAAAAAAAUAUGCAUCUAUGUAA